UUGGCCCGCACCUCGGCUGCCUUUGCAGCAAUGAUAUUAGUGGGGACUGCAGCGUCCACAUCCCCGCGGAUAUCCAUCUUUUAAUAUAUCUUCUACAGUACAGUGUAUAUAUAUAUAUAUAUAUAUGGAUAAAACUCGCACACCACCUGGAUGGAAACACCAGAAUUAACAUCAGCACAGUGACUCAACAUCAGAGGCAAUGUUACAGCGGAAUUCAUCAAGGAGCAUACACAACACAAAUGAAUCCACGUCUGUCACUAGUCUUCCUCUCCGUCCAUCUUGCUCAGACUCUAAGACCUCCCGGUUUAAUCUGGCCUAAGCUGGUGAUAGGCAGUAAAGCACUGAGGAAUCAGGAUUGCAUCCAGUGGGAACAUUGUCCUAAUCCCCUUCUGCCCUCUCCUUUGUAAACACUCUUCUCUUCGUUAUGGCCGCUGAUGCUUCUUCCGCCCUCCUCCUCCAUCUCUGUCACAAUGUUCCUCAGUAGAGACGCCGGGAAAACAUAGAAUAAAGGAGCAAGAAGUGUGGAUUUCUUAUGAUUUCAAUGAGACUUGAGCCUCACGUGGCGAGUGAGGCCUAAUGGUCGGAGCAUGCCAUGUGCUAGAGCGGUGAAGGAGUGGGAGAUCAGGCCCACGUCUGCUCUGCGGGGGAUCAGGCGGACCAGGGUCCUGAUGUGGCAGCGGAUACGGGGACUGGCCCGGGCCUGCCAGCAUGGUGUGGGAUACCCUGUGAACUACAAUGACCCAGUUCAAGAGGAGCAGGAGAUGGUGUGCCUUGAGCCCAUGGGAUCAGAGCGGAUGGAGAUGCGAAAGAGGCAGAUGUCGGUGCAGCAGGAGUCGGCAGCGGGGGGAACUGCACCAGCCCAGCAGGACCAGCCGGAACAGGCCAACCCACGGGGCUCAAAUGCAUGUUGCUUCUGCUGGUGUUGCUGCUGUAGCUGUUCCUGGAAUGAAGACCGGGAAGAAAGGAACCGAAAGGCUUCCUAUGACGUCAAGGAAGGGACCGCAGACUGUGAAGACUGUCCUAAGCCCACACUGGAGGAGGUCCGCUCAUGGGGGCAGUCGUUUGACAAGCUGAUGUGUUGCCCGGCUGGGAGGAACUCCUUCCGACAGUUUCUCCGCACCGAGUUCAGUGAGGAGAACAUGCUCUUCUGGUUAGCCUGUGAGGAGUUCAGCAAAGAUCCCAAUAAGAGCGCGAUAGAAGAGAGGGCUCGGGUCAUCUACGAGGACUACAUCUCCAUUCUCUCACCUAAAGAGGUGAGCCUUGACUCCCGUGUGCGUGAGUCGAUCAACAGGAACAUGCAGGAACCCACCUUGCACACGUUCGACGAUGCCCAGCUGCAGAUCUACACACUAAUGCAAAGAGACUCGUAUCCCCGCUACAUGAACUCCCCAGACUACAAAAACCUGCUCAACACUCUGUCAGAGCAGUCCCCCGAAUCUUAGGUGUAGGAUUACAUGAACCGGGCCUCGGGCCUGGCCCCUCCCAGGGAUCUCAGCGCUAUUGUGAUCUGCACCUGACCGAAGACACUCAGGUCUCAAAAUCUCCCGAGGGCUCGACAUCACAAGUACUGCUACAGAUCAACAUAGCAAAACACUCCAAAGGAAUACAAAUACAUUUUGUUUUUUUUCUUUUUCUUUCUUUUGAUAGAAAUAAUCUAUUUUAUUUGUGUUCAGAGUUUUUUAUGGUCUGUUGUUUUUUGUAUGAUCGUUGGGGGGAAAUGAUUCCUACUGUAGACUAUAUAUUUAUGAGUUUGUAAAUAGUACAAAUGGAAUUGUGGGUAUUUUAUGUAGAAACGCCUGGUUCUAUUUAAUGCGUAUGAAAAUCAAAGCUCAAGUCAAAGGCUACAUGUUAGCUCUACUUGCAGGCAGCUUUGUGGGGUACUGUAUGAUUUUACCUUGGUUUCACCCUGUUUUGUUACCUAAUCUCACACUUGGGUACCACGACUGCAACUUGGCAACUCCAGUUCAUGUAGAAACUGUGUGUGAUUGAAAAUGCUGCAAGUGUUGUUAUGAAGUAACAGAAAGUGACGAUAACUAUUGUCACGGUGUGCAAUUUGUUUCCUUAAGAAACUCAAAUGAAUGAUGGAAGAGUAUUUUAACUUUCUUUCCUCAAUCUUAACCACAGAAGAAAGCCUAUUUAAGAGAGGAUUUUUCAUUCAAGUGUUAAUCAUGGCACACCUCAUAGGUUUAAUAUAGUUUUAAAAGUGUGACAUAAGAACCUAAGUAAUUCUAUUUAUCAGAUAAAGUAUUUUUUAUUUAUUAAUAUCUAUUGCCAAUAUAGAAAAAACAACACGUGUAAAUUAUAUUUAAGUACUACGGUGGAGUAAACUAUACUGUUAGGUCACUGCCAGAAAAUGUAGAAAUUUGGGUAACACUUUAUUUUGUGUCAGUAAUUUCUUAAUUUCUUGGAAGUUUCCUGAGAGAACUAAGUAAUUUGGUAGUAAUUUAGUGGAAAACAAGUAUUUAAUUCUCCAUUUAUGUCAACUUGUAAAUUUUCCUGGAAAAAACCCCACAUUUUUUCAUUUUUAGCUGAAAAGGAUUUGAAAUUAAUUAAUUACAAUUAGUGCGUCAACUGGCUGUCUCCUUUUUAUAAACAGUCCGUACUUGAAUACAUUGUUCUUUUCAGGAAACUUCUUGGAAAUUAGCAGGAAAUUACAGACAGGUAAAAUAAAACUAAAAUUUGUGAGAUUGACCAUUUUUGACAGCAGGUAGAGUCGUUUGUGUAUCAUCCUGCAAGAUUCUGACUUAAAAAUCUCUUUUAAAAGUCCACCUGCAAUAUGCAAUUGACUUCUAAAUGAAAGUGACUGCCAGGUUAGCAGAACACCAAAGCUACCAUGUAAACUGUGUUCAUACGCUUAUCGAGUGUUUCCAUUAACUAAAAUUGGAGUUGCCAAGUGUUAAAUACUUUUAUGUAUUCUGAUAGUGUUAGUUGAAUUACUUUGUUGCCUCACAAACAUGUCACUCAAAGACAAGAUCCUCACAUGGGGAAGUGCCUUGACAUUCAAUUUUAUGACAUCUUUCUCAUGGGCAACAACAGUUGUUUUCAGACUCUUGCUAUGAGGGUGGUUACGGGAGCACGAGGCCAAUUAACUGGAAAUUGUCCCUCUCUUUGGCCAAAUUAUUGCAUGUGUUUUGUCUUGAUUCCUUAGUCGUGGCUACUUCAGUGCAUUUUGGUAGCACUACCAAGCAGUAUGGCAGAGAGUGAUGACAACACAUGUCUUUAUUUGCAGAGGACAAACAAAGAUCAGUGGAUAGGGCUGGUUGAUCUGAACGUCUUGCCAACCUGCGUGCUUCUCAGUGGCACUUCUACUUGUCUUAGAGUUAACUUUAACUUACUAUGUGCAAUUUGAGCUGAUGGAUACACCGCGUAGAUCAACCUCAAAACACAAUCUAAGCCAAUGGUUUGGAGUGAUGCCUAUAAAUGUUGUUUCUUCUUCUGUUUACUAUAUGAAAUGUGUUAUUUUGCGCUGGGUUUACUGAUGAAUACAUUUUUAAAAAAACAAAUAAUGUGAAUGUUUACAGUAUAUGGUUUAGU